CCAUUCCCGUUUGCCACAUGUCCGUCUCUCUUGCUCACUCGCCACGUCCACUUCCCACCCACGCCGACGCUUACGUCGACAUUCACGACCCACUCUUCGUCCGCGUACGACCGCACUCCUGUCGUUGUCGCCCCGAACACCUGUGCGCUCCCAGGUCGUCACGAACGAGAGUUUCGUCCUCUGAUACCGCCUACUCACAGGACACGAAAAUCGGCUCCCAAAGGGAGCUACUUCCACCCUCGCGCUUAUGAAGCAUGCGCGCCUGAGCCUUGUCCUUCGCCUUUAUGGUCAUCGCCAGGUCAUUCCGCCUCUCCCUGGUUUCCUCCUCGUCCACUCAUACUUGAUACUUUACAUGACUUCCCUCCAGACUCAGAUAGCUCGUCGUCGGAUAGUCCAAUCUCGACGCCGACGGACGACGAGCUCGAUGUUGCUUCGCAUCGUUCCAUGUCAAUGCUUUACGCUCCGACUAACCCCGCAUCGUGUACAUCUCCACCGUCACGCCAUAAUAUGAACGCACCAAUGAUACCCCCCAAUUCGUACCUGUCCCCCGAAGGCCCAACAUUGUCAUAUUCAAAUUACCAUCACCCCCAGUCCUCGCCUUCCACGAAGGAGAGGAAAGCCGGGAAGAGAUCCAGCAACGAAAAUAAUCAACCGCGGAAUCCGAAGGGUUCUCGCAAAGAGGCCGUUUUCAAACUCGAUCAUCAACAACGCAGCAGUUUCACGUUUCCCUCCCUCGAUUUUGAGGGUUGUCUUGGAGGAUUCUAA